UGAUAAUAGAAGAGCCAGAAAAAGGCACCAGAAAAGUUGCAGGGUGCAUAGGAAACGGAGACGCACACAAAAUUGAUCAUUAUAUAAUUUAGGUUUUGUUUUUCCAUGAAGCAUGAACAAUAAUAAUAACAACAACAACAACAUCGUCUCGAGGAACGGAAACGGAACAACUCAAGCUUGUGCCGCUUGUAAAUACCAACGUCGGAAGUGUGGUCCAACUUGUAUUCUUGCACCUUAUUUUCCUCACGAUCGUCAAAAACAAUUUUUAAACGCUCAUAAAUUAUUUGGUGUUGGUAAAAUCACAAACAUGAUUAAGAAUGUUCCGCCUGAACUUCGAGAUGUAACUAUGGGAACAAUCAUGUAUCAAUCUGAUAUGCGGGCCAUUGAUCCGGUUGGUGGUUGUUAUAGAGCUCUUCAACAGCUUCAAUCUCAAUGUGAAUUUUUCCAAGCUGAGCUUGAUUUAACUCGUCAACAUAUUGCCAUUUGUCGAGCAUCGUCACAAUCACAACAACUUGCUGCUAAUUCUAAUCAUCAUCAUCAUCAUUAUAAUGAUAUGAUCAUGAAUAAUAAUGGUAAUGAUGUUAAUGAUGCUGCUGCUGCUAUGAAUAUUUUAAAUCAGUUUAAUCAGCAGCAUUUUGUUGAAGAACAAAUGAAUAUUAAUAUGCUGCCUCAACCGCAACAACUGCAACCGCAAUAUGUUGAUGAUGUCGAUCUUAACCCUAAUUAUGUUCCUUUACAACAAGAGGAUCUUAAUACAUGGGUGAAUUCUAUACCGUUGUCGCCGUUAACGUUGAAUGACAACAAAAAGGAGAUGGAAGAGGAGGAAGGAGAAAAUGAAGAGAUUGUUGGUGAUGAUAAAGAAAGUGAUCAGAAACCUGUUUUUGAUCUAAUCAAUGAAAUGAAUUCUUUGGAUACCGGAAGUAAUAAUAUUGAUCCAGGGCACCAGUGAUGAUGAUGAUGAUGAUGAUGAUGAUGAAUUGAUGACGAUGAUGAAGAUGAAGUGGUCUUGUGAAUAAGAUAGGCAAGGCAGUAAUAAAAGAAGAUGCAGAUGACUGCAUUGAUUGGAAAGGUGUAGCAGCUUUGUUUACUCUUUCAAAUUAGCUUAGAUUGCAGAAAUUUCUUGCUCAUUUUUCUAGUUGUUAGACAUAGAGUAUUGACACUAGAUUGUGUCCAAAUUUUAGACAAGUAGCUUCUUUUUUUUUGUAAAACAUAGAUUUCAGAAAUUUUCUUGCUCUUUCCUAU